AUGUGGGCAUCAUUACUGUGUGUCCUGGCACUAGUGAUGCUUAGCCAAGCAUGCACACCCAGCGUCACGACGGUGAGCGGCACACACGCUCCUGUGACUGUAUGCUCGGGGGCAAUGAUAUUUGCUGAUGACUUUGAAGAGUUCGACCUCGAAAAGUGGCAACAUGAAAACACCCUUGCAGGUGGCGGUAAUUGGGAAUUCCAAUACUAUAACAACAAUCGCACGAACUCUUUUACUCAUAGUGGGCUGUUAUUCAUCCGACCCUCCUUGACGUCAGACCAAUUUGGUCAAGCUUUUCUUAGUAGCGGCCUUCUUAAUAUUGAAGGAGGUGCUCCAGCAGACAGAUGUACGAAUCCACGAUGGUACGGAUGCGAACGCACGGGUACGCCAAUGAACAUCUUAAAUCCGAUCAAGAGCGCGCGCAUUCGCACCGUCAAUUCAUUCAGCUUCCGGUAUGGACGCGUUGAGGUCCGCGCUAAAAUGCCCGCUGGCGAUUGGUUAUGGCCCGCUAUUUGGCUAUUGCCGGCUUACAACUCGUACGGCACAUGGCCCGCAUCUGGAGAAAUCGAUUUAGUGGAAUCAAGGGGUAAUCGCAACAUGUUCCAAAAUGGUGUACAUAUCGGAACACAGGAGGCUGGAUCUACUUUGCACUUCGGGCCCUACUCUGAUCUUAAUGGUUGGGAGCGUGCUCAUUGGCUGCGACGGAACAGUGCAGGAUACGAUACAGAUUUUCAUCGCUAUCAAUUAGAAUGGACACCUGAUUUUAUUAAGUUCAGCAUCGACGACGUUGAACUUGGUCGUGUGACUCCUGGCAAUGGUGGUUUCUGGGAGCUGGGUGGCUUCAAUGACAAAAACGUUGAAAAUCCAUGGCGUUACGGAUCUAAAAUGGCUCCUUUCGAUCAAAAGUUCUAUAUUAUAAUUAAUUUAGCUGUGGGCGGUACUAACGGGUUCUUCCCAGAUGGCGUGACCAACCCAAGCCCUAAGCCUUGGUGGAAUGGCUCACCUACGGCUUCUACUGAUUUCUGGAAUGGACAAGCGGGAUGGCUGCCGACGUGGAAUUUGAACGUCAAUGACGGCCAAGAUGCAUCCCUCCAAGUAGACUAUGUACGCGUCUGGGCUUUGUAG